AUGUCUACCAACACUCUUGACAAUUGUCUACCAUCCCGCCUGCUGUCGCCUAAGACUCCAUCGCCAAAAAAAAGUUUCAGGAAGCACAACCAAGAUGAAGACGAUGAGGCACCUAAAAAGUACCUGUCAACUCUGAAUGCAGACCAUUCCUCCGAGGUUCCCCGCAACAAAACCACAAUCGGCUUGAACAGGGCCUAUCCACGUUCCCGACGCGAUCUGGAGGCAGAGAUUACUGUUCGGCGUGAAAUAGCCAUCGAGGCAACAAGAGAAGCUGCGGCCUAUAAGGAUCAGCUUCGAACGGCAUGGUUGGACCUUGCCGCAGCACGCCAGGAGGCCCAGUCAACUAAAAAGGCGGUGAAAAACUUGGUUAGGUCUGUGAAGAAUUCCAAACGACGCUCUGCAUACCUGACGUUGGUGGUGGAGGGUCUAGAAGAGCAGUUGAGGACAUAUGUCAGACAGGAACACAACACAGCAAUUAUGCUGGUGGAAGAGAGGCAUUGGAGCCAACAGCUAAAAGCAGCGUUGACGUCCCAUGGCAUUAACGUACCGGUUUACAUUCCUCCUCAGCCUUUGCAGUCUGACAAUCCCAUCGCUAUUGUUUAG